AAUAGGCUGUCUCGCUGGCAGCUGAUUGAGGCCUGCCGCCAGCAUUUCUGGAGACGUUGGUCAAAGGAGUAUUUGACUACGAUGCAGAGCAGGGCCAAGUGGCAGCACACAUCCGCCAAAGUUCCGGAAGUUGGUACAUUGGUGGUACUAAAGGACGACAAUCUACCGCCGUUACAGUGGCCGCUGGGGCGUAUUACUCAAUUACAUCCUGGAAACGACGGCCUGGUGCGUGUAGUGUCAGUGCGGCAUAAAGGUGGUGUAGUUAAACGUGCAAUUACGAAAGUGUGUGCGUUGCCAAUUGAUUAAUAUUAAUCAAUCCAUGGUCUAUAUUCCAGAAAUCUGAACAUUCCUAUUCAUUUCUACUUGUGUCUAUAAUUUGCUUGCUUUCUUUGCACUUUUGUUUAUGGGCCUGCCAAGUUGAGUGGGAAAAUUUGAGCCGAUUUAUCUAUACCACUUCAAUACACUUAUAGACCCAUAAGUCUGUCUUCGUUUCUAUAUCUCUCUCGUGUUAUCAUAUUGGGCGUACAUAAACCUAUCCUUAUGCUACAACUAAAUCUCAAGGCAGAUGGCUCUGCAGUCGCAAAAUUUCUGUCAACUUGUAACACAUUUGAAAAUUGAAAGAAAACAACUGCCGGACGCCAUCCGCCAUUACAGAUACCCCUACUUCUAACGGUGUUCUGACGUAUGUGUGACGCACGCACAGGUGUGACGCGCUGCGGCACAUGAGCAAUAACGGUAAUAAAUUUGCGCGAUUUUGAAUUUGAAAAAUUUAAGUGUGUGAGUGCGAAUACGUGUCGAACACCAACAAGAAGUAAAUACCUACCGAAAAUUAUUUGAAGGAACGCCAUGACGAGAAGGUAAAAAAUUUUAGCUUUUUAUUGCAAAUUUAAAUAAAACAAAUAAUGUAUUAUUGUUGCAGAUAUUGUAUUAUUUGUGGCAACAACACAGAAAAUGCGAAGGCACUGCAUUGUUUUCCUCGAUCGCUUGCUAGAUUACGUGAAUGGGGAGAAGCACUAAAAAUCGAGAAUAUAGAAAAAAAGUGAAAGCACACUGGAGAAUUUGCAGUGAAUACUUUUCCGCAAAUUUUUACGCUAACAAUUGGUCAGCAACUUUAAAUCGAAAUGCAGUACCUUCGCAAUACAUCCAAACUUCCGAGACUGAGAUCAUUGAAGAGAAUGUGCUGCAGCCACCAACUGUGACACCCCCAGUUCUUCCGGUCGAACCGUUAAUGGUUACAGAUGAAGACAUACAUUUUUCAACACCAAUUAAAGUUCCCUCCACUCAUCCUGUUCCAUCGACAUCAAAAGGAAGUGCUUCUCUGAUGUAUGAUACUUCUAUGCUCACUUCUUUGCAUGAAACGCCUACUUCUUCUUGUUCUUCUAUUAAUUUUCGUCAAAAUGCGACGAUUUUGUCUACUAACGAGUCCAAAGCACCAUCGACUAGUAGAUCUUUGUUUAAGAAAUGUGAUCUCAAUUUCUCGUGGAAAAGGUGUACUCCACGCGAAAAGAAAUUGAGAUCCAUACUUAAAUAAAGAUUUUGAUUUCUAGUUUCUGUUUUAUUAUUAAAUAAAAAUUAUUGUGAUAUCCUCGCAGUUUCAAUAAUUUUUAUUUAAUAUAAAGCAAGAGAAUUAGAAGAUUCCUUAUUUAUAAUAAUUGG